CCCGCAUCCGCGUCGUGCCCGGGACAGAGCUCAGAACAGGAGAGGGGAAGGGGUGCCACGGCCGGCCGGGCCCUCCAGAGACCCACCAUUCCCGACAUGUCGCGCUCCUUCUAUGUCGACUCGCUCAUCAUCAAGGACUCUUCACGGCCCGCGCCCUCGCUGCCUGAGCCUCACCCCGGGCCAGACUUCUUCAUCCCGCUGGGCAUGCCGUCUCCGUUGGUGAUGUCCGUGUCCGGGCCAGGCUGCCCGUCCCGCAAAAGCGGCGCGUUCUGCGUUUGCCCGCUCUGCGUCACUUCGCACCUGCACUCCUCGCGCGGGCCUGCCGGCUCCGGCAGCGGAAGCCCAGGCGCGGGCAGUGCGGGGGUCGGGGCCGGCGGGGCGGCGGGGGCAGCCGGGGCCCUGCCCCUGCUCAAGAGUCAGUUCUCUUCGGGUUCUGGCGACGCUCAGUUUUGCCCGCGCGUGAGCCAUGCGCACCAUCACCAUCACCCGCCACAGCACCACCAUCACCACCAUCAGCCCCCGCAGCCCGGCUCGGCCGCUGCAGCAGCGGCUGCGGCUGCGGCUGCGGCGGCCGCGGCGGCCUUGGGGCACCCGCAGCACCACGCACCUGUCUGCACCGCCACCACCUACAACGUGGCAGACCCGCGGAGAUUCCACUGUCUCACUAUGGGGGGCUCGGACACCAACCAGGUACCCAAUGGCAAGAGGAUGAGGACUGCGUUCACCAGCACGCAGCUGCUGGAGCUGGAGCGGGAAUUCUCUUCCAACAUGUACCUGUCUCGACUCCGGAGGAUCGAAAUCGCCACGUACUUGAACCUGUCGGAGAAACAGGUGAAAAUCUGGUUUCAGAACCGCCGGGUGAAGCAUAAAAAAGAAGGGAAGGGCACGCAGAGGAACAGUCACACGAGCUGCAAGUGCGUCGGCAGCCAGGCGCACUAUGCGCGCUCAGAGGAUGAGGACUCCUUGUCGCCUGCCUCGCCCAACGAGGACAAGGAGAUUUCUCCCUUAUGAGAGACGGCCACCCACCUCUCACCGUAAGCUCCCGCCAGACUCCACAACGCCAACGCGGUGGGCACCCGGGGCCAAAACCCUUGCGAGUUUCACGGCCCCCAUCUGGAUAAGG